AAAGCGCACGGUGCGUAGAUCAGCAAAGCGCAGAAUCUUCGCGGUGGAUAGAGGCAAACGGUGUAAUGGAAGAUGCUUUAGCCUAGAUGAAUCUAACGGGCAUUUCGUGGACAGCUGUGUGUCAGUAAACAUUGACACUUUGAAGCGAGCGGUGCAGUGGAUGAUAUUCWGAUGGGUUGUGGAGGAAGCCGGUCCGACACAAUAAUCGAACCGAGAUAUCAUGAAAGCUGGACCCGAGAAACCGAGUCAACAUGGCUCACCAAUACAGACGCCGAGGCUGCUCUUUCUACUAUCAACAGUAAAGGGCUGGAGGGUAUUCAGAAGGAGAAGAGGAUGAUGGUGACCACAGGGACCCAGUGUGGGAAGCAGACCCUCACCAGCUCUGGACCCAACCACUGGCGGUCCUGCCACGAUAUAGGCCUCACUCAAGCGAAAAAGGAGUCCAGAAGGAGAGCAUCGAAGGAGGUUCCUGCUCCGUCUAAAGCGGUCCAGUCUGUCUGUGGUAGUGGGGAUACCGUCCCACUCAGUCAGGCCGGUGAUGAAAGGUGAACACAGCCAGAGGAGGCUGGAGAACGAUGUUCUACUGUCUGGUUGAGCUGGAAUAGGCUUGGAGGGUUGAGCUGGAAUAGGCCUGGAGGUUUACAGACAAGUCCUGAUUCCUGGUGACAAAUGUUGCUUGUGUCCCAAAUGGCACCCGAUUCCCUAUGUAGUGCCCUAUGUAGUGCCCUAUGUAGUGCCCUAUGUGGUGCCCUAUGUGGUGCCCUAUGUAGUGCCCUAUGUAGUGCCCUAUGUAGUACCCUAUGUGGUGCCCUAUGUGGUGCCCUAUGUGGUGCCCUAUGUAGUUCCCUAUGUAGUGCCCUAUGUAGGGAAUAGAGUGCAUUUGGGAUGUACUCUUUAUCUUCACCCCAGGGUAAGGCAGUUGGGUAAGGCAGACAUACCCUAGUUUAACGCCAACAAUUUAAAAUAGGCUACUAAAAUCAUUCCAAUCCCCAGUAAAAGGCAAAUGCAGUUUAGUGGGUAUUGGGAAUGCCUUUAGGACCCAUGCGGAGGCCAGGGAGAGGGAGGGAAGGCUGUUUGUAUGGCUGGCU